UGCCAUCGUUCAGAUUGUAGGCUUUGGGUAUCCAUUGCUGCUGCAGCUAUCAACUUCAUCGACUACUGUGACUCACCAAUUGCACCUUAGGCACGAGUUGCGCCUGCUCACUCUUUCCAAGCAUGCGUGAUGUCUCGAUGGCCGGAAGGGUCCGAGGCGCAGCACUCGUGAUGCCGACCUCCUCGCGAGACGGAUGCAAGGUGGAUAUGUGGUUGUGGAUGUGGAUGGUACUGCUUGCAUGCGCCGCUGCACAGACUUCACCCUCACAUUCGACUUUUACCUCGAAAUCAGUGACUCGCAACUAUUUCUUGUCCUUCAGCAGCAUCACCAUCAUCACCAUCAUUCUCCCCGACUCGCAUCGCUCGCUCGCCUCGGUCAGAGACGAAAACCUGGAUUUUGCUUCCAAUUGACCAUUCACGAUUCGAUCGUGAUUCGGACUCACGAUUCGCGAUCCCCGAUUCAAAACUUUAAUUUCCAUCCGCGUGUUCUCUCUGCUGCUGCAUGCCGCGACGACCGACCACUGCAUGGCCGGCGUGGCGCUCCCGGGCGCGACACGCUUCGACGGAGAAAUCGCGCCGUCAGGCUUGAACGCGCAUACACACCGGCGGCUGUCCGCAUUCACUAUUCUGAUUGCACAUGUUGGAGCUUGACUUUCAAAGCUUCCACCAUCAAAUCGCACCCACGCAGCCGCCUCGAGGUGGCGCAAAAGCAAUAGGCUGAGGAUCGUGUGGCCGCGCUUUCUUCUCCCUUGCCUACCAUCCAUCCCGUUCUCCUGCUCUCCCACCCUUGUGGCUUCUUGGUGUCCGCCACGUUGCUUUGCGU